UAAUAUUCGGGUCAGGAUCUAGAAUCGAGUAAACUUAAAACUUAACCUAAAACUUAUAACUAACCUCCAAACGCUCAAACUCAAAUAUUAAUAAUUAAUGAAAUUACGAAUUAUUCGUAAUUUCAAUCCUUAAUUUCAGUACAGGUUCAGUAAUUAUUAAUGACAAGAUGAAUUUAUUAUUAAAGCAGAUAAAAAAUAUUCGACUAGAUCUUAAUAGUAACAUAAAAAACUUUAGUAUAUUUCCUGCUCUAAGGUUAAAAGAAAUACAAGAAAUUCAGAAUGAUAAGGAAUUAAUUAUCUCUGCAAAGCAUGUACCUUCUGGAAGAGAAUCGUAUUUACUGAAAAAUGAUCAUCCAACUGCCUGUUCAGUUUGUGCUUCUGGAUUAGACAUAAAGCAUACAGACGUUUUAAUCCUAAGUCAAUUUGUAAGAACAGAUGGGUGCAUGUUGCCAAAAAGGAUUACAGGGUUAUGUUCAAGAUCACAGAAACGCAUUGCAACAUUAGUUGCGAUGGCUCAAAAAUCAGGAUUGAUGCCAAACUUAACACCAGGUUAUAGCCAUAAAGACCCCAAAAAAAGAUACAGAUGGAAAAGAUAUAAUAAAUAUUUUGAUGAGAGCACCAUCAAAAUAAGAUGAAUUUUAGUAAUUAAGUUAUUCAUAGAAUAAAAAAAUAUAAAAUAUAUGUAACUUUUAUUAUUACACCUCGAUAGUUAAAAUUAAAGUUAAAAAUA